UCAGUUGAGAAGCUCAGAGAGAAAAUGGCUUUUGUGGAGUCUCUGCUGCAGUUUCCCAGCACAGGUACAUUACUGGGAGCUUUGCUGUUGCUUCUGGUUUUGUUUUUGCUUUCUUCUGGAUCCAAAUCUCAGAAAGAAGGGAAAGAGCCACCGGGACCAAAACCACUUCCACUGGUGGGGAACCUGCUGACCCUUGACCUCACAAGACCCUUUGACACUUUUUUUGAGCUCUCCAAAAAGUACGGGAACAUAUUUCAAGUGUUUCUGGGUCCCAAACAAACCGUGGUCCUAGUUGGAUACAAAACCGUCAAAGAAGCUCUUGUGAACCAUGCAGAAGAGUUCGGUGACAGAGACAUUGGUCCUGGUUUCAGGAUAAUGAACGACGAGCAUGGGAUACUGUUUUCCAAUGGAGAGAACUGGAACGAGAUGAGACGCUUCGCUCUCAGCAACCUGAGGGACCUUGGGAUGGGAAAGAGAGGAAGUGAAGAGAAAAUCAUAGAGGAAAUUCAGUAUCUGAAAGGAGAGUUUGAUAAGUUUGAAGGAAAACCCUUUGACACGACACAGCCUGUGAACUACGCCGUGUCAAACAUCAUCUCAUCUAUCGUGUACGGCAGCAGAUUUGAAUACACAGACCCCCAGUUCACUGAAAUGGUCGACAGAGCAAACGAAAAUGUCCGGGUCGGUGGAUCCAUUUCUAUGUGGCUUUACAACAUAUUUCCGUGGUUGGGUCCAUUACUCAAAAACAAAAGGAUUAUUGUAGACAAUAUUGUUCAAAGUAGAGAACAUAUGACGAAGUUGAUCAAUGCACUUCAGGAGACUCUGAAUACACACGACCGCAGAGGAUUUGUCGACUCUUUUCUCAUCCGUAAACAGAACGAUGAGAAAUCUGGCAAGAAGGACUCAUAUUUUCAUGAGGAGAACCUUAUGAUGUCGGUAACAAAUCUGUUUGUCGCUGGUACUGACACCACAGGAACGACUCUGCGCUGGGGUCUGAUGCUCAUGGCCAAAUACCCUCAUAUACAGGAUGGAGUUCAGGAGGAGAUUGACCGAGUGAUCGGUGGACGUCAGCCGGUGGUGGAAGACAGAAAGAAGUUACCGUAUACAGACGCUGUGAUCCAUGAAACUCAGAGACUGGCAAACAUAGUACCCUUGAGUCUCCCUCAUAUAACCACCUGUGACGUUACCUUCAACGGUUACUUCAUUAAGAAGGGCACCACUGUUAUUCCUCUGCUGACGUCUGUUUUGAAGGAUCCAAAUGAAUGGGAAAAACCAGACAGCUAUUAUCCAGAACACUUCCUUGAUGAGAAGGGACAGUUUGUCAGGAGAGACGCUUUCAUACCCUUUUCUGCAGGACGGCGGGUUUGUCUUGGAGAGAGUUUGGCCAGGAUGGAGCUCUUCCUGUUCUUCACGUCUCUUCUUCAGAGCUACCGCUUCACGACUCCACCUGGAGUGUCUGGAGAUGAUCUGGAUCUCAAAGGAAUAGUCGGGAUAACUUUGAAUCCGUCCCCACAUAAACUGUGUGCGAUCAGACGCUCCUGAAUGAAGAAAAUAUUUUUACUCGCUCUUUUGAUUGAAUGUAUAUAUGUAAAUACUGUGCAGAGCGUGAAACCAAGGACUUCUGACUAAAAUUAAAUAAAUAUAGAAGGUUGUAGGCUAUUUGCUAUAUUCUAAUUCAAUGAAUGUUGCUAUGUUGCUUUGAGGAAAUAAAAAGCUAUAAUUUGUAUUUAAAUAAACCGCAAUAGCGACCUCUUGCGAAGCAUAAGCGCUAUUUCACAGCGCAUGCGUAGGAAACGUUUCAUGCCAUAAUUAUGACUUUUAUACAGUCAGCAAGCAGCUUUAGGGAAUAUUAACAACUUUAUUUAGUUUAUUGAAAUAUUCAGCUCUCUGGACUUCCUUUUUGUCAUUAUUUGACCUCGGUCUAUUCAUUUAUUCACCGUUGUUGUGAUGGUAAUAGUAGUUUGCUGCUGUAUCCUGUCAUUAUGGCAUUAAAAAAAACACAUGCACUUCACAAAGGAAAUAUGCUUUUAUGUAACCACUGAAUCAUACUAUAUUUAGGGGUGCAUUUCAGGUCAGCCAAGAAGUCAGACAAUGUAUAAGGUUAAAUAAUAUAUCCCCUUAAUGUGUUAAAUAAAUUUUUUUGGCAAGCCUAAUCUCUAAUGGCUUUUUAAAUAUG